AUGCCUCCCAAGCCGACCGCCUCGACCCGGUUGGUAAGGGAGAAGGACGAAUGGAUUGUUCGCUGCCGCGACAACCGUGUCCCAGGCGCUUUAGCCCCAAAAGUCUGGCUGGACGUGACCCGCGAGUUCAACGAACACUUCAAGAGCGAGCUCAAGAAACCCCUAUAUUUUACAACCAUCCAGACGCGGUACCGAAAGGCCAGAAAGCCUUUCUACCAGCAGUAUCCGGAUUACCCGCGGGACUACGACCACAAGGCAGUAGCGGAGGCAGCUGCCGCAGCAGCAGCAGCAUCUCGUUCAAAAAAUUUGACUGUGGCACCUUCCGGAACUGCAGAGAUGUUGGGGGAUAGGGAAACCGAAGGAUCAGGUGAACCAACUGCUGAUGAGAUGGAACAGCCAAAUCGACGAGCUUCUCAAGCAAGCAAACUCGAACACUCGAACACCAGCGGUAUUGCCAUGAGGGAGUCUCGGCCACAAACUCGAGAAAACGUCGCGGAUGUUGCGGAAACCGAGGGGUAUGCCAUCUACAGCACCAACGGCAAAUUCCAUACUGACGACUCCAGCAUAUCCGAAACAGACAUUGCCAGGUACCGCGCGGGGCUCCGAACAAACGAACCCAUCGCCUUCUCCUUCGAGAGCCCUCAUGAAGCGGAGAACAUGCACGACGAUCGCCAAGUCGUGGACCGGGAACUUCUCCUCCAAGCCUCCCCUGUCAUUCGAAAGACGCUCGAGAACUCCCAGGCGAUGAAGCAAGUGCGUGUACGGGAGGGCAUCUCAGCUAAGACUGUCAAUUGCUUCUUGCAGCUCAUUGCGCCGAGUCCUCGAAAGACACUCCCGACGUACUAUCUGUGGAAAGCAACCUCUGAGCCGCGUGACGCCGAUGAUGAUAUCGCUUCAAUUCAAGGCGAAAAGAUUCGAUGGGAUCUCGAUGCCCUUGCGGAGCUCUACGCCUUUGCUAGGGAACUGGAAGUCCUGUGGAUAUGCGACAUGGUGAUCGACAGCCUGCACUGGAUGUUCAAGGAACACGCCCAGCAUGAGACCGUGCCGGGUGAGGCGGAGGACGCCCACGCUGUAUACCCCGGCCUGAAGGUACCAUCCAUCGAUGACCUCCAAAACCGCCCCGACGUCUCGGGCUUCAAACGGAAGCAUCUCGAUGCCUUUAUGACCUCUGGCCUGGACCCCAUUGUCAUUUGCUUCCUAGCCGAGCAGCUGAACUGGGAGAGUGCUAGUCACUCCGGGGCUGAGUUCUUGAGCGGUGCUCCCCAGGCGGUGGUCGACAUUUUCGAGCGAGGUGUUCCGUGGCGCAAUGACGGAUUGCUAGCCACCCUUACCGCUGAAGAGUUCUGUGAUGCAUAUCACCAUCACAAGGGAGGGGAUCCCUGCUAUAGGGACUUCGAAGGCGACGAGGUCGUGUAG